AUGGCAGUGCGCGUGCGCCUCCUGAGCUAUCGUCUCUCCGAGACCACCAGCAUACUCCUCGUGGUCGUCACGCCCGCGCCCAUGGUGCCACGCGUUCCACUCCAAGGCCGAGGCGGAGUCUUUCCAUUUCAAGACGGGGGUAACGUCAAGCCCAAUGAAGACCAAACGUUCACGUUUUAUGAGUUCUUCGAUGAAACAGAAGAGAAUGUGUAUGUGUGUGAGAACACCACCAGGGGCAUGCUGACGAUGCUCCUUGACGGGUGCAAUUGCUCUGUAUUGGCGUGUAUUUCUACGGGCAUCGACAAAGCUUUCGCAUUGCUGGGCUCCGAGGAAUGCCCCGGAGUGGUCUCCCUCAUGGCCAGCGAGUUGUACCAGCGCGCGCCCAAGCUGCUGCCACAGGGCCAGACAUGCGACGUAGCAGUCGCCUGUCUGGAAGUCUACAACAAGGUUGUGCGACACCUGCUUUGCCUCGACCCGCCCAAGGACAUUGCCAUAUUGAACCUCACCAUACACAAGGUGAAGGAGGCCGGCACCCUCCUCGAGCCGAUCAUGAAAGGAAAGAACCGGACGCAGCAUGCCACAGAUGCUGAUGCUGAGUCUUCGUGGUCGCACGCCAUCUUCGAGAGCUACGUCACAGUAAUGGAGACUGCGACAAGCACGAGCAAGGAAACUCGCAUCUCGAUGUGCUCUGUUGACCUUGCCGGCUCGGAGCACGCAGCUGCGUCCAGACGGGACACAAAGGAUCAGAUGCGUGAGGGUACCAAGCUCAACCUGUCGCUCCUGGUCCUUGGCAACUGCAUCGACGCCCACUCGAAGAAAGGGACGAAGCAAGUGAUGUACCAGGACUCCAAGCUGACCCACAUCCUCAAGAGCCCGCUGGGUGGUUAG